CGAACCGUAAAUGUUUCGCUGUCCGUUUUGGCGCUCAGUUUGACAUUUGCACGCGCUUACGCCGGUCGCGCGGCAAUCGAAAGCUCAGGCCUGGCCGCUGAAGUAUGAUUAAUUCAUCAUAAGUAAAAACACACACAACCAAACGAAGCACACACAAAAUGCAAAACAUACGAAACCUUAAAGAUCCCACCAAGGAUGGGAUGGUGAAGGAGUUGCUGCUCUACAUCUGCACCUGGCUGCUGCUCUUCUGCUGCAUCGCAACGUUGCCAGCGAUGGCAGCAGCAGCCACAGAGCCAAAGAUCACCUGCACCGAUCACGACACAAAGAUCACCUGUGAUUGCCACAACACUGAGCUGGCCAUGGUGUUGCCACAAAUCAAUGGCGCCGUUUAUCACAUCGAGGUGCGCAAUUGUCGUGACCUCACCGUCGAACCAAACGCCUUGGAACGCACCGAGAGUCUGCGCAAGAUCAGUUUCCAUCAUGUGGAUCGUCUGGUGCUGCAGAAACAUGCCCUCAGCUUGUCUCGGUAUACGAGCAACAAGGCUUUGAUCGUUGAGUUCGAGGACGUCAACUUUGAGUUGAUCGAUUCGCAUGCCAUCAGUGGCAACAUCGAGGAGAUCUCAUUCGUCGGUGGUCGCAUCGAGCAGAUGCAACCCUUUGGGUUCACCACCACCAAAGACAGUGCCAUAUUGCUCAAACUGGAUGGUGUAACCAUUCAUCGCAUAGAAAGUCAGGCUUUCAAAAAGUUUGCCGUGGAGCAAAUGAUCAUUGCCAAUUGCAAAUUCGUGGCAAAUGUGCCGACACGCGCCUUCUACGAGCUGGAAGUGCUCAACGAGCUGAGCAUGCGCAACAAUCAGUUCCAGGAAGUGCACUCGCAUGCCUUCACCUUCAAGCUCAUCUUCAAGCUGAGCUUGAGCGACAAUAGCUUCGUUGCCGUGGACGGCGAGUGGCUGGAGGCACAAAUUCGUGAUGCAAUCACAUUGCGUGGCAAUAAAUUCGGAGCCACAAGUGAGAUUGCGUUUCGCAGCCUGAAAGUGCAUCGCGAUUAUCAGCUGAGCGAGCGACUCGAGUUGCGGUUCCACAACAAUACGGUGCACAGUCUGCUGCCCACAGCAGCAGCGAUGCCAGCGGCCGUAGGCGAUGUGGCAAGCGUUGAGGCGCCACCGCAACCGUUGCGCUUCGACGAACGCUUUGCGCUCAGCAUUCGCCAGUUGUGCUACGAGAAUGUGUGGAGUUGCGAUCAGUUGGACACGAGUCAAGAGCCAGCGGUGCCGCGUGUCGAAUUCUUUCGCCUCUACUCCGACCAGUUGCUCUUCACUCGAGCAGCAGCAGCAACCUCGCCACCGGAUGUUGCCGCACCACAACAAUUUGUGCCAUUGCGUCAGGUGAUCGUCGAGCAGUGUCAGCCGAGCAGCUACGUUGCCUACAUUGUCAUCGGCAGUGUUCUGCUCGCACUGCUCAUCGUGUUCCUUCUUCUGUUGCUCUGGUGUCUGGUGGCACGUCGACGACGGCGCCGCAAACUGGAUGUGGUGCAGCCCGAGGCGCGCACCUACAAGGAGACGCAGAUUGUAUACCAAAUCGAGAACGCUGGCCUGCUCAAGACUGAUCUGUAGUGCUACACACCACACACACACAACCAAAUCACACACACACACACACACACAGCUGAAUGAAGCUAGCAAUUAAGAUGCGGAGCCUGCUGCUGAAACAUCUGAAACUACAACUACAGCACCACCAACAAGAACCACCAACCAAGAGUGACCUUUCGUUGUACCAAAUUCAUAGCAUACGUCUAGCUUAGUCCAACUACAUCUAAUGUAAUCUAAUCUGUAAUCAGUGUAAAGCUAAAGCCAUUAUGUAUACAUAAUAUAAGCUGUACAUACAAAUAUACAUAUAUAUUUAUC